GUAUAUAUAAAGGAAGAGAGUCGGUGGGAUGCUGCGACUCGUCGUCUCGUCGACAGCCGGGUCGCGCUUUAUUCCUGUGUAUUCCGCGAUAUUAUUCGCCGUUCGACGAUUCGAAGUGAGGCCGAAGACCCUCGCGAGUGGACCUGGCGGAAAAACCAGGCAGGAGAUCUCAGACGCGAUCUUGAGACGCGCUGCUCCUCCUGACAGCCGCCGCUCUUGCUGUCAAUUGAUUUGCGCUUUGUUGCACCGAUCGAUAAGAAAAUUCCUUCCGCGGUCUUUUCGCGAAUGUGCGUGUGAAAAUGUGCGGUCGAAGGAUCGAAUGAAAUCAAGAGAGAAGCGUAUCUUCGACGGAAUCGACGGUUCGCGUACUUCUCACGUCGCGCUUUUCACGUUCUCUCUCUCUCCCUCUUUCUUUUAUUUCAUUAUUUUUUGUUCCUUUAAUCGCUACGCAAAUCGCAGGCACGAUGUUCCUCGCUGCGCGGAGCUGCGAGAAAACCAUUUGUAACACGAUAUUUUUCCUGUGCUGCUUGCUGACCUUCGGCCGAGCGGAUCUUUCUCGAGAGAGAUAUUCUUCUCUGCCGUCAUUCGAAAAUUCAAAGCAUUCGUAUCCGUGCGCACCUGUCGAUGCGGCGUCGUUGGACGUGUUCGGCUCGGCCAUCGCGUGCGCCUUGAAGGUCAUGUCGACGAAGAGCGACGACGGUGAGCCCGGAUCGUCCGGUUACAUGCCGGUACCCUCGUACGUCAAAGUGUCGGCGCCAUUGUUGUACAAGCCUCUGCCGAGGACGUCGUCCUUGAUAUACAUCGCGCCGCCCGUCGUGAAAUCCGCAUCAGCUAUCGUGGCCACGGAACCAAAAACGAUGGAGAAGGACACUCAAUAUAUGGCGUAUCCCAAAUACUCCUUCAAUUAUGGAGUGAUCGACGGAUACACCGGCGACUCGAAAUCGGCAUGGGAGGAACGGGACGGCGACAUCGUCAAGGGAGAAUACUCGGUGGUCGAGGCGGACGGAACUAUUCGCACCGUUUCUUACACGGCGGACGAUCAUAACGGCUUCAACGCGGUCGUGACUAGAAGCGAGCCUCCGAAGAACGUGCAGUCCGCGGCCGAGGUGAAGACGUUCGUGCCUGGUGCCGUAUUUCCAAACGACAGGCAUAAAAUAUAGUAUUACCUUUCCCGAUAUUCCGUCAUCUUUAUAUUUGUGUAAGAUGUAUACAGGGUGAGACAGUUAAAGUGUGACAAACGUAUAUCUCAGAAACAAAGCAUUUUACAGAGCAAUGUUUCGUAUAAAAGUUGUUUGAUUUCGAGGGAUGCAUAAGAUGGUAACAUUGGUUUGACCUUUGAUAGACUUUUGAAGGUCACAUGAAGGUCGCUUUGAAACCGGGUGAAACUGAGCAGAAAAGUCCUAUGCCAUUUUGCAAAUGACACGCAACAUUUCGAGUUAUCGAUGAUUGAAAAUAUCCAUUUAGAGGCUUCUUUACACGCUACUAGGGUCUGAGAAGAAAAUCUUGCACCACAGUCCAGGGUGUUUUUUGUUAGAAUAUGUCCCCAAUUGACAUGGGUCUUUUCAAAUAUAUUUGUAACAUAAAAAUGUAAUUAUCUCUAGACCAAGGACAUCCUACAUCUAUUUUAUUGUUUUUUAGCUCAAUAAUACUGUUCACUUUCAAAUUUAUUGUAAUACGUUAUCAUAAACUGAUAAAGAACACGCACCGCACAUCUGCGGUGGUGGUAGCGAACGUGUUAAUUAAUAACUCUAAAAUUUGCGUGUUAUUUGCAAAAUGGUUAAGGAUUUUAUUUAUUANUAUAUAUAUAUAUAUAUAUUACGCGUAUUAUGGAUACAUUAAUAAAUAGAAUUAUUUUAUAUUUCAGGGUCGGUUAUAAAGUCCCUGAUGCUUCGCUGCAGUUGUCUUGAUUAAUGACGUUAGAAACGAGGAAACGCACGCUAAAAUUCUCAUGAAAUCACAUUAGAUUGAACGGAUACGUUUAUAAAAUGACACUUUUGAUCGAUUGAGCACAUUUGUGAAUUAUUCUGUAAAAAUUUGUCUCUUCGCUUUAACAAUCGAUAAAUAACCUUAAAAUUAACGUAAUACUCUUCUUAUGAUUUUAUCACAUUAAUUUUAUGCAACGAUUAUUUAUCGAUUGUCGGAUGGAAAGUGUCUGAAAUAUUUUACAAAUGUGUUUAAUCGAUCACAAAUAUCAUUCUGUGAAAUCCUUUUAUCCUUUUAUUUCGAAUAUCUCGAAGAAUUUUGUGCACAUUUUUUCCCGCUCUCGACUCUCAUUAAUCAAGAUGGCUGCGACGAGGAAACAGGAACUUUAAAUAUUUUUAUCCGAUAUGCAUUUAUGUUAUUUUACAUACAUUAUUAUUGUUAUUAUAUUCAAAAAUAUUAAUAGCUUAAAAAACACGUCAUUGUAUUAAAUCUAUAUUUUAAUAGUUAAAUAUUAUAU